UGUAGUAUGCACUUAUUCUAAGUUAUCCCUUACAACUUAUAAGUUCAAAGAUCACAAAGACAAGGAAGUAUGUGAAUAUGAUGACGAAAUCUCGGAUGUCAAUGCUAUGAAUUUUUCAAAUAAAGAGAGCGAAACUGAAGAAAUUUCCCAACCAAAAGCUGUACAGGUGGAAAGUUAUCCAUUCAAUACGUGGAUUCUCUUAACAGAGAAAAACGUCUCUCAAGUUUUGGAGAACUUUAGAUCAACAAUUCCAAAAUCAAAGGCUUACCUAUAUCCCGCAUUUUUUGGAAUACUUGAUUUAUCUGGGGAAGAUACUGAAGUCAAGAAGCUUUUUACCGACGAUGAAUGGUCAGAAAUGAAAGACGAUUUUAGCAAAACAGUGGAAUUUAAAGAUAUUAAACUGGAAGGGACUAAUAACAGUGGUGGAGGAAAUAAUAAUACCACUAGUAAUGAAGCAAAACAGCGAUCUCAAGAAGAAAUGCUGUAUGACUUAUUUGAUAAAAUCGAAGAGGCUAUUAGAAAGAAGCCAGAUGAUCUAAUCACAGCGAUAGAGAAAUGUACAGAUGAGGGAAAUCCAAAGAUCAAUUCUAUACGAAGACUAAUCCAAACCUACGCUUAUAACCUGGAAAAGUUACAAACCUCAAUCUCAGAGGCUAUGUUUUCCAAUAAUUUUACGAACAUGUUAACUAAAGGCAUCCUGACGUAUCAUCGGAAGUUUAUAUAUGAUGAACAGGUCCCUUAUAGGACAAAAGUGCAAUUUAGGGUUACACGUGACAGAUUUGAAAUGGUAAUUGGAUUACGAUCUGGGGGAUUGCCAGAGGAAGCAAUCGAAAACAAUGGAGUUGAGUGUACAGAUUUUAAGCAAUUAUACACAAUUGGGGUCCACUCAUAUGGCUUUUUUUAUAAUGUAUAUGCCAUUGACUGGAAGUCAAGAGGUUUGUGGAGGCUAGGGUUACUUAAAAAAAUGAAACUACCACAGUCAAAUGCACAACUACUAAUGAUCGAGAAAUUAGUAGUAACAUUGCUACGAAUUGAGUUAACACUCAAUCAUAUUGAAAAUAUUCAAAAUAACUUAACAGUAAAAGCUUCCCGAUUACAUAGAAAAGCGCGCACCUCUGUCAUCCUUAAACCAUAUGCAGAUUGUGAGCAACGU